CCCCUCCCCCCCCUCCUCCCCGCUCUCCGUUCUCCCUCCCUCUCCCGUCCCGUCCCCUGCCAUGUCUUCUUCUCCCAGCACACCGCUGAAGGAGCUCCGUGCCGUCUUCAAGUCACACUCGAACAAGAAGCUGUCGGUGGACGAGGUGGCAUUGCUGUCUGAGCUACUGGAUGAUCUGAGUUCCCGCUUCCUGAUCAAUCUGCCGGAUGAGGAGCUGUCGUCGUUUGAGCGCAUCUGCUUCGCCAUCGAGCAGGCGCACUGGUUCUAUGAGGACUACUUCUGCGAGCAGCAUGAGUUCCUGCCGUCGAUGGGCUUCCGCGCCUUCUCUGCUGUCAUGUUCCACCACUGCCCGCUGCUUCAGCCGUACCACAGCUUCCUGUCGGACAUCAUGACCGGGUUUUCCGAGUACAAGGCCAAGAUUCCGACGCGUGGAGCCAUCCUGCUCGACCCGACGCUCAAGCACUGCCUUAUUGUCAAGGGCUGGGGCUCGAAGGGCUCGUGGAUGUUCCCCAAGGGCAAGAUUGAUGAGGGCGAGAGUGACGUCGAGUGCGCCAUCCGUGAGGUCUACGAGGAGAUCGGCUUUGACAUUGCGCCGUACAUUUCCGAGACCGACUUGGUCAAGUGCGUCAUCCGUGGCAAGGAGAUGCGCCUGUUCGUCAUUGCGGGCAUUCCCAUGGACACUGUGUUCGAGACCAUGACUCGCAAGGAAAUUUCCGAGAUCAAGUGGUUCCCUGUCGCCGACCUGCCCAUGUACGGCGAGAACAAGGAGGUCCAUGGCAUCUCGUCCAAGCGCAUGUUCACCAUCUCGGCCGUCUCCAACAAGCUCCGCGCCUGGAUCCGCUCCAACAAGAAGCGUAUUCGCAAGAUCAUCAAAGCCCGCGCCGCCUCUGGCUCGCUCCUUCUCCCGUCCUCCGCCCGCUCGACCAAGUCUGCGAGCCCUGCAACACCGUCGCCGUCCACCUCCGCAUUGGCGGUCUCCUCCCCGGCUGCACCUGCCAACCAGCGGCCGAACCCCUUCCUCAACUUUGCCUUUGACCGCCCGGCCAUCAUGUCGGCCUUCACCGCCGCCCUCGCCUCGGCAUGACCCCCACCUCUGUAGACGAGCAGCAGUCAA